UUUCAUUCUAACCAAAACAAAGAAAAAGUUAAAUAAACUUUUUUUACAUGUGUACAUAGAAGUGUGUGUGUUUUUUUGAUAUCAAAAAUUUUACUUCAGAAAUUGGGGAAUUUUAUUUUAAACCAAAAGCAGACAUGGAUGCCUAUGCUUUGCCGCCGUACUUUCCCCUAGCAUAUUCAGAUUUACAAUAUUUGGCAUCUCGAAGAGCAGCAGCCGUUGCUGCUGCAACUGUAUUGCCACCGCCUCCACCAACCCAACAAGCUGCAUUAAAUGGUACUAAUGGUGGAAAUGGUAUAGAUUGUAUGCCAAAUGGAACACAUACCUCAGAAAAUGAUAAUGCACCCCCUGGACAAACAGCAAAUAGUCAGAGUCCAAUGAUGUCCGCACAUAAUACUCAUCUUGGUCACGCGGUACAUCACCAUGCCAGUCAUGCUGGUUUGCAUGCACCACCACCUCCACCACAUGCUGCUACUUCGCAAGCCCAUGAAUUUCAUCCAGCCUAUCGAAUUCCAGGUUAUAUUGAACAUCUAUAUUCCUUGCAGCGUGUAAGUCCCACUUCUUCUUUUCACGACCCGUACUCCAAUUGUGCCACAGCGUUUCAUUUAACUGGCUUGGGACUUAAUUCUGGAGAUUAUUUGGGUGCUCGAGGCGUUGGUUCCUUAGGUGAAUUGCAUCCUGCAGCAGCGGCUGCAGCAGCAGCCAAUUCCCUAGCAAGCACUGACUUUCAUUUUAGCAUUGACAAUGCCAGACUCAGUUCGUCACGUACAGGCAGUAUAAGAGCAAGCAUUAGUCGAAAAAGGGCUCUUUCAUCCUCUCCCUAUUCAGAUUCAUUCGACAUUAAUUCAAUGAUUCGUUUUUCACCUAAUUCCUUGGCUACCAUAAUGAAUGGUUCGCGCGCUAGUAGCGCUGCUAGCGGCUCUUAUGGUCACUUGUCAGCUGGCGCCAUGAGCCCAAUGCAUAGUGCUAUGUCACCACAUAUUCAACAAUUACAAGCUCAUUUGCUCAGAGCUAGUGCUGGACUACUGCACCCUCUUCCUACACACCAAGCGGCAGCCGCUAACAUGCUCUCCAUGGGUCAUGUACAUACAUUGCAAUCAGCUGUUGCUGCUGCCGCUGCAUAUAAUGCGGCAACCGCCGCCAACGGAAACCCCAGCAGUGCUAGUGGCAACAAUUCUCCUUUUCAUCCUCCAAUAAAUGGACACACAAAUAAUCUAGCCCCUACCGUAAAUAGUAAUCAAAACAAUAUGAUUAAUAGUACUACUAAACAAAUGCAUUAUGAAGAAGUGUGUACGGAACGUUCUAAGAGUGAACAGCCUUCUUCCACCUCGCAUAACGAUAUCACUCAACAGGAAGCGGAUAGUGCUUCGGCUAAUUCGACAACGGCUCGAAGACAGCAUCGUCCUAAUAAAAUCACAACAUCUAGUAAUUCUGCUACGCCAACUACUACCUCAACGACAUCGCAACACCACCAUAGCAACAAUAAUCAUGUGCAGUGUGGACCACCAACUACAACUACGCCACAUAGCGAUUAUGACUGUGCCACCGUGGACACGACAGAUAUAAAAGAUGAACCAGGAGAUUUCAUCGAGACCAAUUGCCAUUGGCAAGAUUGUGGUAUUGAAUUUAUGACGCAGGACGAAUUAGUAAAGCAUAUAAAUAAUGAUCACAUACAAAGCAAUAAAAAAGCAUUCGUCUGCCGUUGGGAAGAUUGUUCACGCGGUGAAAAACCAUUUAAAGCUCAGUACAUGCUUGUUGUACACAUGCGUCGUCAUACAGGAGAAAAACCGCACAAAUGCACGUUUGAAGGAUGUUGCAAAGCGUAUUCUCGAUUGGAAAAUUUAAAAACUCAUUUGCGAUCGCACACUGGUGAAAAGCCGUACACUUGCGAAUAUCCAGGAUGUAGUAAGGCCUUUAGCAACGCCAGUGAUAGAGCUAAACAUCAGAAUCGCACCCACAGCAAUGAGAAGCCAUACGUUUGCAAAGCGCCUGGAUGUAUCAAACGUUACACUGAUCCAAGUUCUCUUAGAAAACAUGUGAAAACCGUACACGGUGCCGAAUUUUACGCCAACAAAAAACACAAAGGCUCUAUUCAUGACAACGAUAAUUCCGGAGGAGGUAAUAAUGGUGUGGGUAAAUUAGAUUCUCCUGAUGACUAUCGUUCGAAUAAAGCAACUAGCUUAUCAAGUCCCAGCAUUAAGUCUGAAUCAGAUGCUAAUUCACCACCGCAGUUAUCGGUGCAUAGUCCGACCAUUUCGCAAACUGGCAACCAGGCAGCUCAUAACCAAAUGCAGUUCAAACCAGCUAGUGGUAUUCGCAUGGGGCCAGGAAGUGAGAUAGGUGAUGUUAUGGGAGCGUAUAAUAAUCAUGAUGAUUAUGGAAACAUUCCAGCAAACGACGAUGAAUCAUGGCUUUAUGAUGAUGAUGUAGAUGCUGCAGAUUUGCCUAUAGUUCUAAGGGCUAUGGUUAGUAUUAGCAAUAGCCCCAAUAAUAGUAUGGUUACAAGUGGUGGUGGAUCAUCCUCGAUAUCUGCCGGAACUAUGCGUCAGCGUUUUCGCUCGCGUUUACAAGCCAAAGGUAUUAAUCUUAAUGCGCCAGCUUUAUCUAAUAUACCCGAAAUCAACCGCAACAUUGGUAUUGGUGAGCUAAAUCAGCGCAUUACAGACUUAAAAAUGGAACCAGGUACUGUUGGACUACCCUCAGCAAAACAUACCGAUGCGAAGAAUCCCGCCACUUCAUCAACUAAUUUGAACGAUUUACAAACACGUUUAUACUCUAACGCAAACACUAUGAUCAGCAAUUAUGGUGGUUCUUUAAUGCAAGCUAAUUUGCGUCGAGAUAGUCAAAAUUCAAAUGCCAGUACAUAUUAUUGUAGCAUGCAGAGUAGGCGUAGUAGCCAAUGUUCCCAAUUGUCGUCCAUUUCGACGAUGCGGCCAUGCUCGUACAAUGCUGGAUCAUUGUACGAUCCAAUUUCACCCGGAUGUUCUCGUCGCUCAAGCCAAAUGUCCAACGUGACUACCGGAGGAGUAAGUUCCCCAGCUGCAGCACUUAGCAAUGGAACCAAUAGAGUUGGUGCAAAUUCAAUUUGUAGUGGCAAUAAUUCUUGCUUAGGAAGUGCAUUUAAUUCUACAAAUAACCCAAGCUUGCCUCCACCUCCAUCUUCACAUUUAAUUUCCACACACUUGCAACGUUUACAGACAUCUUCUUCAUCUUCGGCUUGUUUGAAGCAUCCCCAUGAAAGUGGACGUUUUUCUAUACCAAAUGCUCUAGCAAUGUCUCAUAUCGGAAGCCAUAUACCGCAGCAAAUUAAUGAACAAAAUAAUAACAAAACUUCUGGACGACGACUUUCGGAACCUGUUCGACAAUCAUAUGAGCGUCUCCUACCAUCACAAUCAACAUUAAUGGGUACUUUCCAAAAUGUGGGCUUAAAUAACGCGAAGAAACCAGUUACUUCUAAUAAUUCUAUUGCCUUAGAAGCGGGAGCCAAAGAAACUACAGAAACUUCUUUGGAUCACCAUCCCAAUGAGAAAGUGAACCUUGAUGAGGUUGAGGAGGAUGAACUUAUUGAAAAUAAACUUGUAUUACCCGAUGAAAUGUUGCAAUACUUAAAUCAAGUAGCAGACAAGACAAGUAACAACAUGAGCAAUAACUCAGCCAAAGAAUCUGCACACGUUGUUUGUCAACCGCCUAUGUCUUCGCCGAAUAUUUAUCCCAACAGCCCUGAGAGUCCGUCAACCAUUACUCAAGUUAUGUCUCCCCAAUCUGGCCAUACCAUGUCUGCAUUAGGAAGUCCCUAUUCUCAGCGAAAUUACGAUCAGCGCUCUCAAGCUGAUACUCAUCGUCGCCAAUAUUAUUACGAUUACUGUCACGAACGUUCUGAGAAUGCAAAUAGCCAAGGUAUAAAUACUAAUAAUUACUUCUGUUCUCAACAGCCAACAAUAAAACCGAUUCAGGAAGUAAACUCAACAUUCACUCAAAAUAUCACAGCUCCCGCUGAUAGUUCAAUGACAAGUUUACCCGAUAUUUCUAGUAAUAGUAAUACUACAAAAUCCAACUAUUUCGGUAAUCCCUCGGCUCAAUCUCAGUUGCCUACAACCCAUACAAAACCUGCGCAGCCCAGUAACACCACGGUGCAUAACGAAAUACAAUGUCAAGAUAUCACUCAAUCUCAAAUGUCACCAGCAAUUGUCAAACCACAUUCAGGGUCAUGUAACAAUAACAUGGAUAUUAGUUAUUCACAAAAUCAAUUGUCAUUUAAUCAGUUCAUGCCACCAGCAUCAGCAACGUGCUACAAUGCUGUCAAUAAUAAUAGCGCCAAAAAUAAUAAUACAACAACAAGCAGCAGCAAUAUGUGCACUGAUGCUUAUCAACGCACCUUGGAAUACGUACAAAACUGUCAAAGUUGGUUACAAACUAAAAAAAACCCAAAUCAAAAUUCGCCAAACAGUGAAUUUGUCAUGCCUCCAGUGCCAAAUACCAAUCGCCUACAGUCAGUCCAUCAACAACACCAACCAGAUGUUACGAGUUCUACCCAUCCAUCUCCAAAUAUGGUUAUUAAUGAUAUGACCACAUCACUUAGCUCUCUACUUGAAGAAAAUCGCUAUCUACAAAUGAUUCAGUAGUCUAUUACAACAUCUUCACCCAUUUAGGUAUACUUAUAUGCAUUUUCAUACUAAAUAAGUGUAUUCCGAUAAUUUAAAUGAUUUAAAAAAACUCUUUAAUCUGCUUUUAAAUAUUCUAAGUUUAGAUACAUAUGGUCAAUAAUAAUUAAUUACUAUAGUUUUUCUGUUGCCCAUACUUAGGACCAUGUUUUCUGUAAGUACAAAGUUUUAUAACAUAGUAUUUCAGAGUGGAAAAUGCAUACUAAAACGUAUUUUGUAAGGUUUAUUUUAGUACAAAGUUUUUUUUAUUUUUUAUCGUUUAGUUUCAUUAUUACUAUUCUGUAAGCAUUUUUUUGUAAUAGAAAUCAUAAUAAUUUAAAAUUUUUCACAUUGUCGCCCGACAAAUUGCAGUUGCUUUUAAGUGAUUCUUUUGUUCUGGUGGCAAUAUAAAUUUAAGAACACUGUCACUUAAUUAGAAAUUUUACGUACAUAGAUCUAUACCAGAGAAUGCUGCCUCAAUAAAUAUAGCAAGUGAAAAACUAAACAUGUGAAGAACUGCACAUUUACGUAUCUGGAAAUUAUUUCUUAAAUUUAUUAUCGAAUAGCACAGUUCAGAUUUCCACUGAUUUUAACAUUUAUAUAUUUUUAUGUAAAUUCCCAAUUGAAUAAUGCCAGUAAUAUAAAACACACAUAAUAAAUAUUAACAUCAUCUUUCAUACACGUAAUUUUGUACUAUUGUAGAUUUAAUUCAUACAUAUGUAUGACAGUUACAUUAAAAGUGAAAACAUGCAUAUGGGCAAUUUCAUGAAAAGAUUAAUCAUGUUUGACAACAUAAACACCCUUAAAACGUUUGCAUUUUUAGGAUAAUGAAACAAAAUUUUGCGUACGAUUUGUUGGUUCCACGCAAAAAUUAUAAUACUAUCCCAUCGAAAAUUGACAGAUCUAUUAUAUAUAUAAUCCUAAAUUCAUAACUCCAUUAUAAGCACUAUUAUUAUGAGAACAUUUUAUAUAAAUAACGAGCUAUUUCAAGUUUGCUCUGCUACACUAAAAACAAUAUAAAUAAAAUACCAAACUUAGGAUUUUGAAGAUGCUAACUAUAAUAGUUUUUAUAUGCAAAUUAUGCAAAUUAUUGCAUGUUCGCCAUUUUAUCCAAACGUUUUUCAUUUUUAUUUUAAUGUAAGGUAUGAAAAAUGUAAAUAAUAUUGUAUUGGUCAUAUAGGAGAUGACAAUUCCCCAUUGAAAUGAAAGUCAAAAUUCUUCAUGUGAAAUGUGAAGAAUCUAGCUGCUAUAGUGCCUCAGAUACAUACAUACAUACAUACAUACAUACAUACAUACAUACAUACAUACAUCCAUACAUACAUAAAUACAAACAUACAUACAUACAUACAUACAUACAUACAUACAUACAUACAUACAUACUCUCUGAUUGUAACAGAAUGGCAAAGUUUUUCUUUGCUCCCAUUUUUCCAAAAUCUUCACCACUCUAAAAGCGUACAUACGAUUUCACGGAAUUGCUCAUAUGACUCCGAUAUGUUAAUAUUUUUAAUCAAAAAUAAUUUCAAAGAGAAAUUAAGCGAUCUUCAAUGAACGGUUUUUGAUUGUGAUGAAAUAUAAUAUAUAUUUCUGAUAAUUAUCGAGAUAAUUACAGAAAGAACUGAAUUAAAUUAAAGUACUCAUAUUGAAAAAUUAAAUAUACAUAUAUAUUUCUUAAUGUAUAUACAGGAGCGUUUAAUCUGGCUUCAUUUCUGUUAUUAGAAUUAUUUAUUUUUUAGUAUGUAUUAACAUAAUAUAACUAUUUUGCAUUUACUUUACGACUUACUAUAUAUAUAUUGUUAGAUUAUAUGAUCGUUUUACAUGCAUAUGAUGAUCAAAUAAAAAUUCAACCCACCCAAACCUCGUUCAACAAGGUUCUCAGAGGUACAAAAAUCGACUUUUAUUGCGUACAUUAUGUUUAAAUGCUACUGUUAAGAUAUAUAUUUUAAAUAUUUUUUAUGAUCGUGCUUCCAUAAGUAAUUUAAUAUAUUUUUAACGUUAAGUUUUUUUCAUCGUACUACCAUUUAAAUACAUAUAAUAUAUAUCCGUCGAAAUUAUUAUUAUUUUAACAUUAUAUUUUUGUG